AUGAUCCCCCAAUCAUUGAAACCCCGUACUGUUGAAACCUUUUUAACUGCUUCAGAAGAUCCUGAAGCGGACCAAAACAUGGAUUCCAACGCCAUUUCUACCCCAACUACCUCUCCAGCAAUUAAUGUUUCUUCAGUUGAUUUCGAUCGCAAUUCUCAUGCAGCAUGUGACACUGACAUUGACAUGCAUAAUCCUGUUAUUCCAACCCAAGCCGUUAUUUCUACUGAUUUUAUUAAUGAAAACUCCGAAAACCAAAAAAAAAUCGAAAAUUCUCAAAACCCAAAAAAAAAUUCUGUUUCUGUUCCUUCUGUUUCUGUUCCUUCUGUUUCUGUUCCUUCUGUUCCUGUUCCCUCUGUUUCAUCUUCUACCGUCGCCUCUCCAACUACGGCCUCCAAUCCGGUGGCUCCAGCUGUCAAUGUGACAAGACCAAUCCAAACCUAUGCUCAAGCCACCGCUGGAGACAAGCGCACACCUCGAGCCACUACAAACACCAAUGAUCCAUCCUUCCAAAACGUGUUGAUGAAAUUUGAAAGAACUUUCAAAUGGGCAAGUCACAUCAAAAUCCUUGACUUUAAGCACCGUGACGUAUUGGAAUAUGCCAUAAGCGAGAAACGCAAAUCAGGAAAAUUGUUCUCCACCUCCAAUCCUGCUAUUAUUAAAUCCAAAGAAAAACGCGAGGAACUCGUCAAGAUCAUGGAAAUUGAAGAUUUCUUCCAAAACUACACCAGUUUUAAUAUGACAAACGAAUUCAACAGAUUGAGAAACUCUAGAAUCAGCUUGGAGAACUACUUGGAAUUUAUCAUGAGCCAACAGCAUCUUAAGGAUAUCUUAAUCUACUUUAAGAUCCCAAAAGAUAUCUUUACAGAGUUUCCUCUUGAAAAACACUUGGAAUCCAUCAAAAACGGACUCACUAAGUUAUCCAAAGAACUUGAUACUAUUACACAGUCAUCCAACGAACCAG